CUACGAGCUGGUUGAUGGCCGGUGACCCGUGAAGGACUUCGUACGUGACCCACGCACAUGCCCUCGUUUGCGCAGCUGUACCUUUGCGUCGAAGCACUCAGCACUGCUCCGCUCGAAAAGUCUCGACUGCAAUCAUCUAAGCUCCUGACAAUGUGCAUCAUCAUCGCUCUUCGCGCUUCAACCUUUCAUCAUGCUCUUCGCACUGAUACUCGGGAUCCUCUUCGCGCAUAGUCUGACUUGGCUGGCCGAUGCUGAUCACUACACCUGUCAUUGGCGCGAGGGACCGAAGUCCCCUUAUGACUACGGCUACAAGCAUUACUGCCUGGCCAAUCACAGCCUCGUCGACCCCAUCAAGUCGACGAUGGUCUGGACCUGCAUCGGUAUUUACAAUCAGACUGUGAGUCCUGCAAAUUGGAAUAUGGUCGCGCCGCUCGCGCUUGAAUUCGCCACGCCAUGCGGGAAGGGCGGAUGGUAUCUGAGCAGCUCCAAGUCUUGCGGCGCCGACUACUUUGCCAUGUGCCUCAAGCCUGCGGAAGACUGCUGGUAUAUGCAUGACGAGGAUGACUGCCAAUGGCCCGACCUGUACAACGUCAAUGAGCUGCCCAAGACGGUGGACAUCUGGUACAAGGCCAAGCCGCGGCUCGCGCGUAAGCGAAAGAGGGUGAACAGCAGCGAAAGAUCUGACUGGUACGAGCCAUUGAAGCUAGUCUGAACAAUUCAAAUUUGCUUGCUUGACUACACGGGCGGCUCGCUUGAUGCAUGCAGCUGCUCAUACCAGUCCCAAGCAGCUGACGUGCGAGAGCCAGGGACUCUCACGCGCCGCAGCGACGGGCGGUGACGUGUUCAAGUGCACGAGCAACGGCGCUUUCGCGGAUGCUC